GAGGAAGGCUCGCCAGGCAAAGGCUCGCCGCAUCGCUCCCCGUCCCGUGGCCGGGCCCAUCCGGCCCAUAGUGAGGUGUCCCACGAUCAGAUACCACAAAAAAGUUCGUGCCGGCAGAGGCUUCAGCCUGGAAGAGCUUAAACUCGCUGGCAUUAACAAGAAGUUUGCCCGGACGAUUGGCAUCUCCGUGGAUCCCCGGCGACGCAACAAGUCCACAGAGUCCCUGCAGGCCAACGUGCAGAGGCUGAAGGAGUACCGCUCCAAGCUCAUCCUCUUCCCAAGGAAGCCGGCUAUGCCAAAGAAGGGAGACAGCUCCGCCGAGGAACUCAAGAUGGCGACUCAGCUGACCGGACCGGUGAUGCCCAUCAAGAACGUGUUCAAACGGGAGAAGGCCCGUGUCAUCUCAGAAGACGAGAAGAACUUCAAAGCUUUCGCCAGCCUGCGCAUGGCCCGGGCCAACGCCCGGCUCUUUGGCAUUCGUGCAAAACGCGCCAAAGAAGCGGCGGAGCAGGAUGUGGAGAAGAAGAAAUGAACUGUUCUCCCUAGAACUGCCAAUAAAAAAACGUGGAAA